AUGUCUCGCUUCGUUUUUUUCGUCCUCGUUCUUGCUCUGACCAUGGCCGUCACCAUAGCUGAGCCAGACAACUCCAGGAAGUUCCGCUCGUGUGGCUUCUUCCUGAAUCUCCGCAUCGAUCGUGUUUGUGGUGGAACUUGCUCCAUGUUUUAUGAUGCCCUUCACGAGAUCGCAUGCUCCACUGGAAUCACCGACAACCAUCUCGUCCAAAUCUGCUGUCCAUCAUUGCAGUGA